AUGCAUCCUCUCAUCCCUGCCUUCCUCUGCCUGCUGGGCUCCUGCUGCCUUCAAGACACAGAGGCACGACAAUAUGAUUCCGUCCUCACUGUGCCCAAUGGAAGCCCUUGGGGUACUUGGGGGAAGGCACAUUUUUGCCCCAAAGGCCACGCUAAGGGAUUUGAGCUGAAGGUGGAGCCCUCCCAGGGAUUCUGGCUAUUUGGCGAUGACACAGCUCUGAACGGCAUCCGCCUGCUCUGCACAGAUGGCACAACCAUUGAGUCCUCAGUGGGGCCGUGGGGAACCUGGACUAAGGCCCAGCUCUGCUCCAGUAACAAGAUGGUUUCCUUCUCACUGCGUGUGGAACCACAGCAGCAUCUGCUUGAUGACACGGCGGUCAACAAUGUGAUGUUCCUCUGCUCUAAUGGAACGCAGCUGGUGGGCCAGGGACUUUCAGGGGGUCAGUUCGGCUCGUGGAGCAAAAGCUGCAACUCUAAAGCCAUCUGUGGGCUCAAGACGAAGAUGGAAGAACCCCAGGGAAAGGGGGACGACACAGCUCUCAACGAUAUGAAAUUCUACUGCUGUGACUAA